CGUGACGUACAGCUGUCGCAACGUCACAGCAGUCGUCGGUCUGGAUAAUUCCACAUGAGCGAAAAAUGGCGUUCACAUUCGCGGCCUUUUGUUAUAUGUUGGCGCUUCUGCUGACGGCGGCGCUCAUUUUCUUCGCUAUUUGGCAUAUAAUUGCAUUCGAUGAGCUGAAGACUGACUAUAAGAAUCCUAUAGACCAAUGUAACACAUUAAAUCCGACAGUUGACAGGGUGAAAAAAAUUAAAAGGGUCAGGCUUGCUCUGAAGCUCGUCUUGCCGGAGUACCUCAUCCAUGUGUUUUUCUGCGUAAUGUUCCUGUGCGCCGCAGAAUGGCUGACGCUUGGACUCAACAUGCCCCUGCUGGCCUAUCACGUCUGGAGGUAUAUGAGCCGCCCUGUGAUGAGUGGACCUGGAUUGUAUGACCCCACUACGAUAAUGAACGCAGAUAUUUUGGCGUACUGUCAGAAGGAGGGCUGGUGCAAACUUGCAUUCUACCUCCUCUCGUUUUUCUACUAUCUUUACGGGAUGAUCUAUGUUUUGGUGAGCUCUUAAUCUGGAUACAGCUGCAAAGUGUGUAUGAAGGCGUUUGAGAUGCUGAUUUUAAAACCCAAAUGGAGCUUGGACUCGAACAUCUCUCUCAGUUCUGCUUGGCUGUUUCAAAUGGACAUUGACUUUAUUUACUCCUCAUCAGCCAAGAACGAGUCAGGACGCAAGCAGCCGCACAACUCCAGAACCACACAUGCAAAAAUAAAUGAUUACCAACUACAACCUUUUUAGACCUAUAAACGCAUGCCGCACCAAUGCCAAACCUCUUCACACACUGAAAGCAUCAGUAGAUGAGAUAAAACGGUUUACAUUGACCAGAUCAUGUCCAAAGCAGAUGCGCAAGGGCUUCAAAACUAAAUUGCUGAUGGAUAUGCGCAGAGAUUUUACUCUUGUGUUUUCAAACUGUGGGGCAAAAUAAAGAUCUUGAUUGUAGCAUUUUUACAGACUUGUUUUAUUUGAACUAUAUUACUGCCUUGUUGCUCAGUCAGUUCUUUAAUUUGACCUUCAGAGUUGUGUGCUGCUUUGGUAAUUCUUGAUCUUGUAAUACCAUGUUUUUGAGCUCAGGCUGGUGGUCGUCUUCACGUUGAUGGUUCUUAUCAGAUGAAUGCUCCAUUUCAAGUGUUAAAACCAUUGUUUUUCUGUCAUGCUGGAACUAAGCAAACUGAUGCUUUCAGUGUAUCGAAGGCUUUGCUUCACUCAUACAUCCUGGAAAUACUCUACAUGUAACCUUUUUUGCUUUUAAAUUUUGUUGUGUGCAUUUUGUAUUUCUAAGUGGAAUUGUUUUUUGAUUUUAUUUUUGUGAGAUAGCAGAGAUGACUGUGAACAAUAUUUUGGACACUGGCUUGAUGUUGGCAUGAUCUCAGUGUGCCAAGAUUUUUUUUCCCCGUCAGUAAUCACAGGCAAUCUUCAGUCCUUCAGUGAUGCUGUAGUUUGUGUCUGGAUUCAGAGCAGAGCUGUGUGGAAGGAUCCUUGACUAUACUGACAGUCAAUGCAGCUGUUUCUAAUCACCAAGCUGGACCACCAAGGUGAUAUUUUAGAGUAAUAGGUUAUUUUGGAUUUUCCCUGUGAUUGUUUUAGAAUUUUUUCGUUUGCCUUUUUUGUGUGUGAGUGAAUCCAGCUUGAUAUGUGCGUUUGAAUGUUAUAAAGUCUUGCAAGAGCUGUAGUAAAUUGUGAUGUAUUUUUUUUUUGCUUGUAAUAUUGCUAUAAAGUUCUCCAUA